AUGGGUGAAAUCGGUACGAAUCUGCUCCGGCGGAGGAUAGCUGAACAAGCCCGCGAACAGAGCACGAUACGCGACGCAGCACUGGAGAACAAAUUUCGAAAGCUGCCCAAUCCAACGUCGCCCAGAAACGACAAACGGGUGCACAACCUGUCAUCAAAGGAGCUGACGAAGGAUCAGAUGCAGGUUUUACGGCACGAAGCUUCAUUUAACACGGCUGACGCCAGACCUGUUAACAUGAUUGCAGCAGUGGAAUCAAUCCUUGGUCAGACAGAGGCAACGGAGGAGACUAAGAACCUCAUCCGACACCAAGUGUCGUCUCUCCUGAUGGCCCACAGGCCGCGGGAAGUGCUGUCCAAGGUCGAACGUGAUGCGCUUAGAGAACUCAAGGCCGACAAAGACCUGGUCAUCGUGCCAGCGGACAAAGGACGCGCCACAGUUGUACUGGACAGGACAGACUACCUUCAAAAAACCAAAGGUUUACUGGAGGACCGACAGUUCUAUGUCCCAUGUGCAACGAACCCUUUAAAGGCGCUGACGCGCGAAAUUAAUGCUACGUUGUUGGCCUUGGAGAACUCAGGUGCAAUAACACCGACCGACAGACGCAUGGCGAGACAGCAAGAUACGGCUUUGGCCCGAUUCUAUGGCCUCCCUAAGGUGCACAAAGACGGCGCUCCUCUCCGAACCAUCGUGUCGCUCAAAGGGACUCCAACGUACGGACUGGCUAAGUGGCUGUUCCGGCGUCUCAAGUUCCUGACCGCUGGGUCAGACACCACGGUCUCUUCGUCAGCACAAUUCCUGGAGAAACUCAAAGGGGUAAGCAUCCAUCCAAAUGAGGUCAUGGUAUCUUUUGAUGUUACAUCCCUUCUUACUUCUAUUCCCCAGGACCUGGGGAUCGAGACAAUUGAACUGCUACUACAAAGCAAAUACGAUGAAACGGAGAACCGUCUUGGACACGCCCAGAUCCUUCAGCUCCUGAAGCUGUCUCAGGACGUACUUCACGUUCGACGGGACAAUCUACGAACAAGUGAAGGGCACACCAAUGGGUUCGCCGAUUUCGGGAUUCAUCGCCGAGGCGGUCCUGCAACGGUUAGAGUCGCUGGUCUUCCAACACCACAGACCGAAAUUCUGGGCCCGGUAUGUGGGUGAUACCUUCGUCGUCAUCGAACGGGAUCAGGUGUUGACGUUCCAAGAGCAUCUCAACGCCGUCUUCCCGGACAUUCAAUUCACGAUGGAGGAGGAAGAGAACAACCAGCUGGUCUUCCUGGAUGUCCUCGUAUGCCGCAAGGAUUGUGGUGGACUAAAGACCAAAGUGUUCAGGAAAGCGACAAAUACGAUGCAAGUACUGAACUUCAACAGUAACCACCCAAUCAGCCACAAAUACAGUUGUGUAAGGACGCUCUAUCGGCGUGUCGAAACGCACUGCAGUGAACCGGAAGACAAGGUUGCCGAAUCCCAGUGUCUUCGAUGGGUUUUCAGAGGAAAUGGUUGCCCGCGCAAUUUCGCCAACCGGUGCAUGCGCAAAAAAACGACCGACAAAAUCGUACUGACUCCAAAUUCUGGAGAGCGGUCAAGUACAUUAAGAACGUCUCCGGGAGCUACUGGAAUCAUGGUUUACUGGCCCCCAGUCCAUCAACAAGUGCAACGAUCUUCCCAUUCAAUACAGCGUGCUGAGACUUCGUCUAGGCGGAGUAAUUGGCCACGCGGGGAGCGCACUGGUGAACACUCGUCCCAACACCCGGGUCAACGCGUCAGGUGGUCGAGCAAUCAUCACGCCAACAUCCAACGCACGUGAUGAAAUUGCAGCAAUUAUCGACUCGAAUGUCGGCCAUCAAGCAAUGAUCACACCAAGUGUGACAAUCCCGGAUGAAGGGGGAAGCUGUGAACGUUCAUAGGUAUGCGGUAGCAUGGCUUCCGCAUCCUAUAAAUACCGCAGCCCCUUGUGCAACAACCACCCGUAUCUGCUCUUUGUCUCUGAUGAUGGAUUCGAGUAGGAAUCCGAAACGUCAGACUUAUAAAGCUCUUGUCCCGGCGAUCGUGUCUCCUUCUUCAAGACUACUUCCUGAGACUCGGCUCUUCGCUUCUAUUGGCAAAUACUGCAACUUCCUGUGCACGAGUCACCCUUUUCUGCUGCUGUCUCUGAUGAUGGAUUCAAGUGAGGAUCCGAAACGUCAGGCGACUAAAGACCUUGUUCCAGCGAUCGCUUGUUCUUCUGAUUUCCUGCCGUUUCAGCGGCCUUAUAACCUGGAGCCUGGUGGUUUGCUUCCCAACCCCAACUCCAAGUGCCGCGAGAAGACGGCUGAUUGCCUUCGAGACGUUCCUCACGUGUAA